GUCCAUAGCUCUGUUAAAUUUUAAAAAAGCUCAAAAUAUAAUUUAAAAUUGAGCUAUUACCCAAAACAAAAACUAUUCUAUUUUGUAUUCUACAAUAGUUCAAAUGGAAGUAAUUUAAAACUCUAACGAAAUAAAAUAACAAUUUAUCUUCGAUUUAUUGAUAUUCUGAAUGCUGUUAAUAACAGUAACACUAGCUUUUAAAUUGAAGAGCAAUGUUAAAACAAUAAAAAAAUAAGUUCUAGUUUUAAAUUCAAAAAAUACUUACGUAAAUAAAAAAGUUAUGUCCGGCACCGCAGCUCGAAGCACCUACAAGCUCUUUGUGGGAAAUUUGCCCUGGACCAUAAGCAGCAAGGAGCUGCGUACGUACUUCUCCCGCUUCGGCCAUGUGGCUAACGCGGAGGUGGUCUUUGACAAGCAACUGGGCUUGUCCAAGUACUAUGGCUUCGUGAUAUUCAGCCAAAGAGACGCCUACAACAGUGCCAGCAACCAGAAUACACAUCUUCUCGAUGGACGUGUACUCAACGUCCAACGCGCCAACGAGAACGCAUAGCUUUAAGUGAAGUAACGCAUUGUUAUGAGAAAUAUACAAACAAUUUUAUUGUUUUUA